AUGCCGACGAGAUUGGCAAGGUGGCCGCCACCGUCGGCAGCCGAGGCGGGGCUCUCCCUCGCAGCCAGGCGCCGCCGCAGCCUCAGGUGGCAGCGUGGCCAGGCCGCGCGCGCAGGCGCUGCGGCAGCGCAGCCUCGCGCCGACCGCGUUCGCGACGAGGCCGCCACCCUGUCGGCGGCCAAGUUCGUGAUGGUGCCAGUUUUGGCGCUACGCUGGACUCACGACGAGGUCAACAGGAACAUGACGUUCAAGCGGGCAUUCGACCGCGACGGCGCCCGCGGCGAGGCCUCAGUCUAUGCCCUGGUGCGGGACCUGCUGGCCACGUGGCACCCCCGCCGCGACGUCAGCCUGACCGCGCCAGAGGACCUGGACGAGCCCCUGGACGUGUGCGUGUUCGACGGGCAGCUGUGGAGCCUGUCGAACAGGCGGCUCGCCGCUCUGAUGAUGUUCCAGUCGCUGGUGCCCCAGAAGGUGGUGCGCGCCCAGGGCCGGCUGUGCAGCGCUUUUAGCUGGAGGUUCUACGGGGCCUGGCAGACCACCACCGCCGGCCUGGCCGUCGCCCCCUUCCGGGGCGAGUCGCUCCACUUGGGCGCCCCGCUCUUCGGCGCGGGUGCCGCCGGGAGCCGCGCCCCACAGCCGAGCUCCGAGGAGCGCGGCACGGCGGCCACCGUGCUUCGUGUCGGUCGCGCCGAUGGCUGGCCGAGGCCGCCUUGCCGCGGCCUGAGCGCUUUCGGCGACUACCCGCCGGCAACCUCCGACCCCGUGCAGCUGCGCUGGCUGCAGAGCCAGCAGCCUGGGGCGGAGUUUCGGGCCGAGGUCCUGGUGCUGCACGUGCCGAUCCACUGCUCCGACCCCCCCGAGGCGAGCCCGGCCUCCCAGGGCCCGUCGCCCUUCUGCCUCCUGGACCAGGCGUUGCGGCGCGGGAGGGCCUGCCUGGACCUCGACCCGGCGGACGUGUGCCUUCACCCGGACAGCUCCCCAGGGCGCCCCCUCCUGUGCGCUGCGUCGCUGGAGGCCGCCGCGCGCAUCGCCGCCGCCCACAUGUUCCAGGCGCUGCGCCGGCACGAGGAAGUGACGCUCCUGUGCCGCUGGUGCCCCGGUGCGGCCCCCAGGUCGCUCGCUGCGGAGGCGGUGGCUCUUCACCACGGCGAACCGCUGUUCCCGCCGGAGGGCGCGGCGGACGCCCCCGCGCGCGAGGCGAAGCGCCCGAGGCGGGCGGGAGCGCCCUGA